AUGCAUCGUCAACUGUAUGCAUUUGGUUAUGGUGGCGAUGGACAAUUGGGUAAUCGUGCAUUUUUGAGUGGUGAAGAUGGCAGUUUCGUUAAAACACCUCAACGGGUAGUGGGUGCCCCGACUACAUAUGAAGGAGUUUCUGUACAAGCCAUUGCCACCGGUGAAAAGCACACGUUGUUCCUUGCCGAUGACGGAAAGGUGUGGUCGUGUGGAAGUAAUGAAAACGGUGAACUGGGCCGAGGAGGUUGUCAAGAGGGUUCAUUCACAAUCUAUCCGGUGUUAUUGUCUGUCGGCAUGAGAAUCAUACAGAUCGCCGUUGGACGUGCGCAUAAUAUGGCUGUCUCGGAUGACGGUCGUUUAUUUGCAUGGGGCAGU